AUGGCUUCUACACAGAGUGUGCAAUGCUUCGGCAAGAAGAAGACCGCCACUGCGGUCGCCCACUGCAAGCAAGGCAAGGGCCUCGUCAAGGUCAACGGCCAGCCUCUUCAGCUCGUCAAGCCUGAGAUUCUCCGCUUCAAGGUCUACGAGCCUCUCCUGAUUGUCGGCCUCGACAAGUUCGCUGGUGUCGACAUCCGCGUCCGCGUCAGCGGUGGUGGUCACGUCUCUCAAAUCUACGCCAUCCGUCAGGCCAUUGCCAAGUCGAUUGUCGCCUACUACCAGAAGUUCGUCGAUGAGCACUCCAAGAACCAGCUCAAGCAGGCUUUCAUCCAGUAUGACCGCACACUUCUCGUCGCCGACUCCCGACGGGCCGAACCCAAGAAGUUCGGUGGUCCCGGUGCUCGCGCUCGUUACCAGAAAUCUUACCGUUAA